AUGCGCGAUAUUCGCAACGUCGCCAUUAUUGGCUGUGGCUCCAUCGGGGCCUCUUGGGCUGCUCUGUUCCUUGCCCAAGGCCUCGAAGUCACCGCGUUUGACAUCAAUCCGGCUGCCGAGGUCUUCCUCCGCAACCUUGUAACCGACGCAUUGCCCGUACUUUCAUCGCUCGGCUUGGUCAAAAACGCCAAUGCACAUGCAUCAGGGAUACGUUUCACCACCAACAUGACCGAAGCUCUUGCCGAUGCAGAUUUCGUGCAAGAGAAUGGUCCGGAAAAGCUUGACUUCAAGCGCAAACUCUUCAACGACAUGGCCGCCAUUGUACGCCCCGAUACAAUCAUCGCGACAAGCAGCAGUGGCUUGACUUGUUCAAGUAUCCAAGAGGGCAUGCAUGCGACGAGCCAUCCGGAACGUUGCGUCGUCGGCCACCCUUUCAACCCUCCACAUCUCAUUCCGCUUGUUGAGGUGGUAGCCGGGAACGCAACAUCACCGGACACCGUCAGCUCCACGAUGCAGUUCUACGAAAACAUGGGAAAGAAGGCAGUCCACGUGAAGAAAGAAGUUGUCGGCCAUGUCGCAAACCGUCUUCAAGCUGCUUUGAUGCGAGAGGUUAUGUAUCUACUGCAGGAGGACGUGGCCAAUGUCGAGGACAUUGACAAGGCGAUGAGUUAUGGACCAGGCCUGAGAUGGGGUGUCAUGGGUCCGAGUCUAUUGUUCCAUUUGGGAGGUGGAGAAGGAGGCGUCGAGUACAUGGCGGAUCAUCUUUUGGCGCCGCUGAUGUCUUGGUAUGCGCCGAAAGACCCCGAGGUCACGGACGAGCUGAAGCAGAAAUGGGUUUCGGGAACGAUGCAAGCCGUGGAUGACAGGGAGUACAGGCAGUUGGCUAGACAACGCGACGAGGAGCUCGUGAGGCUGUUAAAUGUCCGCAAAGAGUGGGACAGUUUUGCAGUAGAAUCUAAGAAAUAA